AUGCUCGAAAAGACGUCAUCAGCGUCUGUUGAGACGCCAUGGGGCCAAUCUUGGGAUUCUUUGUUCACAUCGUUACGUCCUUCGCCCUCUGACCUCAACACGCUAUCUUCUCUUGUCGACACAAUCGAUGACACUCUUCGUGCGGGAAAUAUUUCGCAUGUCUCUUUGCAUGCUGGCAGUGGUUUUGGAAAAGGCACUUUAAUUGCGGGUGACAUGUCGCUGGACGUCUACGCGCAAUUUGGUGCUACAUUCUCUGCAACAUCUUAUUUUGAGAGUCACCUGCAACCAAUGCUUGACGCGCUUACUUCUGCGAAAGGCAUUCGUUUUGCAGAUAUCAACGACCGAGGAUUGGCGAUUCAUUUCUCAUUCGAAGGCGUCUCAGUACGACUUUUUGCUGCAGGUGCACUAAACUCUGGGCCCAAGGAGUUGCUCGCGAUGCAAGGUGGAAUCGGGAGACAGAGCUCAAAUACAGAAAAAAGAUCUUCAGGUGUGGGAAGCAAUGCUCGUGGGCAGUUCCCAGCUAUGGAUGAACGAGGAAUACAUGUGGAGACAUCCUGUGCAUUACUGAGAGUUGGAUUUAUUGCAAUGCAAAGUCCAUUGUAUAAAGAUAUGGUUCGAGUUGCAAAGAAAUGGCGGGCUACAAGCGAUUUUAUGGUUUCAGAAAACCGACCUGGGGAUUAUCUACUGGAGCUGCUCAUGUUGGAAGCCUAUUUGGGUGCUCCUGUAUCCCCACCAACGCCGGAUUCUUAUGCGACGAUAUUUAGAAGAUUCCUUUCCCUUGUUUCAUCUCAGAGUGGGACAGGUUCGGAAGUUGUCGCUGAUGACGCCAUGCCGCGAUCCUUCCUUUCCUGGCCUGUGCUUUACAAUCACGGUGCCGUUGAGCAAAGUAUUGCGCUAGGUCUGCUGAAGACUGGAAGUGCAGACCACUGCUCGCUUGUUGUCGUCGAUCCUGCCGUGCCGUUUGCUAAUGUGGCCACUACCGUUGCAGACUGGGGGGAAAUACGUGCUGUUGCUAGGAAUAGUCUUUCUCAUUUUCAGAAUUCCGAGCUGCUGGAGCAACUUCAGACGAAGCUGAACAGUCUUAGUGAAGGUAUGGAAGAGGUUAUUAUAGGCAUGCAGCAAAAGAUUGCACACCUCCAAAGCUUAGAGGAGUCGCCAAGACGUUGGUCUGGCAAUAUCCAAUUCAAGGAAGUACACAUGAAUGGUGAGAAUUGGACCAAAGUUACUGAAGUUGAACUGCGCACUGUAACUUGGCGAGUGAAUGCGAGGAAAUCUCGUACUGACGGGGUCGGAUACAGCAAAAUGGUAGAUAUUAGUCUGCAAAGGAUAGGGAAACCGCUGACGAGGACUAUUGACGUAGAUGUCAACUUCCGGUCAAAGACGUCUAAUCUUGUGUUUGACGCGAACAACGAUCAUGUCUUAAUUGUGGGCAAAUCUGAGGUUCUUCGGAACCGAAACUAUCCGAUUCAGAUCACUAUAGUUGCAUAA